UGUGUGAAUCAAUUUCCUCCCAAAUUCCCAAAUUUCAAAUCCCUUCCACACUCCCCCCUUUCUCUUUCUCUAAAAACAAUUUAACUCCACAGAAGUCACGUGCUAAUCACAUCCAAUUCACCAAAGAAGAAGGGGGAGAAAAACGAAAGUCACGUGCGAUAUAUGGCGGCCUCAUCGCCAGCCGCGACGAAGAGCACAAGCGAUACAACCACGACGACUGCUACGACGGCUACAGCCACUGCUGCUGCUGCUGCUGCUGCUGCCGCGACACCUUCCCCUCCGCUACCGUUUCAACGUAUGGACACGCCGCCUAAGACACAGCGUGGGCUUAAUAAGCCUAAGUGUAUUCAGUGUGGCAAUGUUGCCCGAUCCAGGUGCCCGUAUCGCUCAUGCAAGAGUUGUUGCUCAAAAGCACAAAAUCCAUGCCAUAUUCACGUUUUAAAGUCUAAUUCAGCUUAUCCAGAGAAGACACCAACUUCAAGCACUCCUUCAUCAGACCAGAAGGCAACUCAGGCUUCUUCUCAAGCGACUCCUUUAAGGGUUCCCUCAUUUCGGCAACUUUCCAAUGCUUUUGCACAAUUUGACAAUUUGCAGGUCCGCUCAAAGAAACACCUGACAAUAAAGGAUGCUGUAGCCUUAAAUGAAUGGAGGUUUUCCAAGUUGAAGGAAUUCAAGGACAGAAAUAUUGAAGUAGAAAAUGAAGCUUUUGAGCUGUACAUGCAGAAUAUUAGUUUACUUGAGGAAGUGUUUUCUACAAAAUCUAUUCACGAAGGGUCCAAUGAGGAUGAAGUGUCUAAGCCUAACCCCUCUUCUCAGGAAGAUGAGACUUGGAUGAUGACUUCAGAUCUGAAGUUGACACUAAGAUCAGACCCAGUGAGAACUGAUAACUCUAGAAAAAGGAUACAACAAAUUGUUGAUCAGGGAAUAAAAAAGCUUCAGAAAUGUGAAGCAGAUGAUGGUGCUAAUGACCCAGAUGACCAAAAUAAACAUGGUAGUAGGUUGAACAAGUUAAAAACCUUGUGGGUUGAGAGAGCUUCGGUUUUAAGUGACUUUGUUGACAAGUUAAACAAAGCUCGAAGUGAAGAGGAUCUAAAAUCUUGUUUGGAGAUGAAAGCACGGCUUUAUAAUCAAAGCAUUGAACAAGCAGACAGAAAAGUAGCAGAAACUAAAGAUGCUGAAGCAUUGACCAAGCAGGGUGCAGAGAAUGAUGUAACUCCCAGAAAAGUAGCAGAUUAUCUGUUGCCGAAAUUGUUUACACCAAUUGUGAUUGAUCAAGAAACUAUCAACAAAGUUGAUGUACAUUUCUCUUCCCUAGAGCAGAUUGAAGAUUUAUAAGUUUAAGCAGGAUUAUUCACUGAGGGACAGACUAGAUUCCAGGUUAACCCAUUGAGCUAUGAUUAAUGUUGAUGGUUAGAAUUUCUUUUUCACCCCUUUUUGGCUGAGUAGCAGUGGCUGAAAUUUAUUGUUGUAAUGUAGCCCCACUUAAUGUGCUUUAGCAGCUUAGUGUAGAAAAUAGUGUUGUUGAUAUUGCAGUUACUCUUCGCCUGAUAAAUUUGAAUGUAACAUAUCAGCAUUUUUGUGCCUAUUUUCGUACUUGCAUCGCGUUGUUA